UCGAGAUUGUUCGAUAUUCCUCGCACUCUCUCUCUCUCUCUCUCUCACUCGCUCUCUUCUCCACACGCUCUCUCGCUCGGUACGGUAAAAGCAUUUGGAUGUUGGUUGCAUUUGAUUCGCUGUCGUCAGCAAUCAUCAGUCAUUCGGAAUACGUUCACUGAAUCCGAAGCUCAAACAAAUUUGCUAUUCUCUUAACUUAUUCUCCACUGCGCUUGGAUAUACACAUAGUUAGUUUCCUUUUUUAUGUGUGGUGUGUAUUAUAACGAAAUUAGAAAACGCAACCAGCAGCAAUAAACAUUUAAAAAAAAAAACAUACAAAUCCUCUUACACACACCAACCGCCCUCCCUCCCGGAAGGCAUAUAUUUGUAAAGUUUUCUGCUGUGCGUUUCCGUUGUUUUAAUUUUCCCAUUUUAAUUUCUCCUUUUUGGUUUUAUUACUUUUAAUUUGGAGUUUAACUUCUCGGGCUGUUUUAUUUGGUGCCGUGUACUGUACGCACCAACAUGCAGAAGAAGUGUGAAAAAUAUGUGAUAUUUUUGUUAAAAUGUUAUAGAACACGGAAAACAUUCAUUCGUAGUAUUGAUUGAAUUACGGAACGCGUGAGUGAGUGAGUGAGUGUAGAGCACAUUUUUUUUCUCUAUGAUGAUAAAUAGAACACGCCAGAUGUAUUUAAAUGGGAUAUCAAGAAAUUAGGGUGUAAAAUAUCAAAUGAACAAUACAAAAGCACCAAUCACACACUACACGACCAGACAUUUCGUUUUUGGUGUAAUUUUUUUUCUUUCAAUUUUGUGCGGAACAGAUUGUGUACUCAACAUACGAAACGUUGGGCGGUUUAUUGUUUGGUUUCAAUUUUUGUGAUAGUAAAACAAGAAGAAAGGAAGACAGAGGAAAAAACCGUUCCGUUUUUCCUUGGAAUUUCAAUUUCAUCGUCAUAGCUGUAUAGCCAUAGAGAGUUCAGUUUUCUCUCUGGCGCUCACACACACACAUCGCAUCAUAUAUACAAAGCCUGUUGAUUGUUCAGCGUACAAACAGUGUGAUGAUAGUGAUGAUGCGGGCGACGUGAAUCACUUCCACCAAAAUGAAUGGAAAGUGAAGGCAAAAAGAAUAAGAGAAAAACUUGGGUGACAACAAAAGCCAUAACAAUCAUAUGAGUAAAUGGUUGAUUGAAACAAAAAAAAAACACGAACACACACACACAAAGAAUAUAGAAUACGAAACAUAUGAGAGCGAGUUGUUGAGACAAAAGUCAUUCAUAUACAAAUAUAUAUGAUGAAAUAGGAAAAAUGGAAAGUUAAGUGAUGAAUAUAUUGAAAAGGAAAGCACACAAAGGCAUGUUUUGAAACAAUUUCAUGCAUAGAAAUUAGGUCAGAUAUUAGUUAAACGUGUUUGCCUCCAGUGAGUGAGUGAGAAGAGCAGCAACAGCAGCAGUAGCGAAUAGAAAAAAAAGUAUACAUAACAAGAAGCGUACACCAUAACCAUAUUAGCGCCAGCAUUAAAGGGAAAGACAGUUAGUGGCAAAGUAUACGCAGUGAAGUGGUUAAAUUUAUCGGAUGCAAUUUAGAUCUGGCGACACCACCACCGGAGAGGGAAAAAAAACGAGAAGAAAAAAAAUUGCUCAUUCGCUUCAUAGACUCAGAACACACAGACGCAUACACUUGCUCUCACUCGCUCAUAAAAUAAUAAAUUAGAUUCAACGAAAUGGAAGAAUUGGCGUGCAUUGCAGACGACGAUGAUUUUGCAUCGUUGAAGCGUUUAGUUGACACCGAUGACGGUUGGUCGCUCGAAGUAUGCAAAGCAAACACAUUGGUGUGGACACGUUCGGUGCCCGGUUGCAAUUUUCAAAUGGUUAAGAUAAACUCCCGUUUCGAGGACAUCGAUCCAGAAUGUGUGUUUGAUGUGCUGCUCGACCCGGAUUAUCGCAAAGAAUGGGAUUCCCAUAUGCUUGAAAGUUUUGAUAUUGGCAAUUUUAAUGUGAAUAACGACGUUGGCUACUAUGCAAUGUCAUGCCCGCCACCGCUAAAGCCAAGAGAUUUUGUGCUACUACGGUCAUGGCUAGAUACGGGACCACGGGGUGAACAAAUGCUCCUAUCACGUUCCAUCAUUCACAAGGAUUAUCCACCAAAAAAAGGAUACGUACGAGCUGUAUCGCACAUAACUGGAUUUGUUAUAAGGCAACAACCGCGUGGUGGCUGCCGCGUUGGUUAUAUAGCACAUUGUGAUCCACAAGGCACACUACCACCUUGGCUAGUGAAUAAAGUAACACAUUCGUUGGGCCCAAGAAUGGUAAAAGACUUACGGAAAGCAGCAUUGGGUUAUAAACGAUGGAAAUCGGCACAAACGAGUGAUCGCAAACCGUGGCGUUUUCCCGAGGAAAUAAUCACACCUCGCAUUUCAGUAUUGGAUUGUCAAAUUCCUGAAUCAUUUAUAAAUAGUAGGAAAAAUAGUUGUGCCAUCGAAUCGUUGCCAAGUUCACAGUCGACGUCAUCGUCGAAACCGGAAGAGCGACGCAAGAAGCGCGGUGGUAGCCUGCGAAAAUUCCAUCGCAUGCUACCAAAACUACCGACCGAUAAAUAAACCUUCAUCGCACAUCACUUGUUCCAUGAUUCAAAUCAGAAUGGCUCUCCGGCCAUUUGCAUGAUUGAAUUCCGACGGUUUCAAGGCGAUGACGGCGGCAUGGAUACAACAACAGUGGCUACAGCAACAACAAUGAAACAAAUCAUCCAUUCUUUUGCGUCGGAUGCCUUCGAAGACGAAUCAGAAAUGGAAGGAGAAGAAGAAAAAAAAACUUUUUGUCGAAACUGGUAAUUGAGUAAGAAUCUUGUUCAAGCGACGUGAAAAAUUGUGUGCUCAUAUUUUUGGCAAUUGCAAAAAUAUUGGCAGAUUACUUUUGCAUACAGAUUUACUUUUGUGAUGAAUUAUGCAUGAGCGUAUAAGGUAAAUAACAAGCGAAUUCACAAUACACAUACAGCAAAAGCAGCAGCAGAAGCAUCUUCGUUGCCGUGAGCAUACCACAAUAAUAAUAAUCAGCGAAAUACAUUUCGGUCGAAUAUGAAAUAAUAUAGAUUCAUUUUUUCAUCUUCAAUCUAUCAUCGAAUGUAUGGAAAAAUAGGAGACAAAAAAUGGAGCUGUUUCGAUCAGUUGUACAAUUCAUUUGCAUAUUCAGCAAUUGUAGAAGCAACCCAUACAUGGCUGCAGGCGAAACCAAGCAGCAAUUUUGCCACAUACAGAGAAACUGAGUUUUCUGCGGUUUUUCCCUUUUUGGGUUUUCUGGCCGAAUUAAUGAGACAUUUUCUUGCAAUCAGCAAGCGGUAUGAUGCUAUUAAAUCAUCAAAUCUUUUGAAAAUUGAAACGCAAACGAAUCGAGGGAAAAAAGGAGACGAACAAGAAGAAGAAGUGAAUUUGUUGACAUUUAAACGAAGGGUUAUAUAUAUGCAAUGCAAACAGAUAGUUAUGUUGAAAUUUUUGAUGUUUUCUCUCAAUCAAUAUCAUUAAAUAGUGUUUAUUUAAGGCGAACGGUUAAGCAGUCAAUUUUGGAUUUGUGUGGGCAAACGAGAAAAAAGUGGAAUUUUUGAUGAAGAAUUUGUUAGAAGUUUGCAGACAAGCGCUUCAAUGUGAUUUUUGAAUUGUGGCAUUUUUUCGGUUGUGCAGAGUUAAAUAAAAAUAAUAACAGAGACGAUCUCAUUCUAAUGUUUAUUAACAGUUUAUUAAUUAUUAUUGUAGUAGUAUAAGUAAAUUAAUAUUAUUUCUCUUUGACAACAACAACAAAUAUAUGUAUUAAACAAAUUCAGGUUCUAUCAACUGCUACCAUUUUAUCUGUAUCUGUACUGAAUCGAGAUCACUGCAAAAAAAAGUGACUUUAAUGACAAAAAAAAACAGGGUCUCUGUGAACAAAACCCAUAUAUAUUUGUCUCAUGGAACAUCAUCGCUCACUCUUUCAUACAGUAUGAAUCAUACUCUUUCUUUUGAACUCACAAACACAUUCCAAUCUCAAAGCCAGAGAGUUAUUCAUUAUACGCCUUUCCUUCUUCCUCCUCCCCCUUUUUCCAAUUAUUAUCUGAAUUUUCUACGGUAUUUGUAAACUUCAUGUAAAUUUAGUAGUUUGAGAUUAAACACACUAAAAAAAACUGAUUAGAACAAAAAUAAAAUCAUUAAAGAUAAAAAUUAUAAAUCUAUUAAACAUCAAAAGAACGAGAAAAAAAAACAACAAAGAAAUUGGCUGUCAUUAGAAUCUAUAAAAAUAUCAAACAAACAUGAAAAUCUAAAAUGAAAAACACCAUCCAACACAGAAAAUUUUAUCAAACAAUAAGAAUGCUGGAUGAAAAUGAGUGCGCAUUUUGGCCUAGAUGGUAUAUUAUCUAUAUAUAUAUUUAUCAAAAGUGACAUAGUUUAAAUUCCAUAUUUAUUAAAUUGAUUAUAUGAAAAUUGCUUCCAUAUAUUAUUAUUAUUAUUAUCAUUAUUAUCAUUAUUAUUAAAUAUCAAAGUAACCAUAUUUUUAAUUCGAGACCGGGAGAAGCGCAAGAAGUAUUUUUAAUGGAAUUUUUAAGUUGUAAAUCGCAUUGAAAGGAGUCAGCGUGGGAGUAAUUCAUUAUUCAUCUCAAUUCAUCUCUUCACCUAUAUACACAGUACACAUAAACAAUAUAAAAUGUAUUCAAGCUGAAUCGUAAUGAAAAUGCUGUUGAACAUGGCGGUGUACUCGCCACGGGAGAUAGAACUUUGGGAAUAUCCUUUGUAAACAAACCGCUGGCUAGAGUCAAUGCCAAUGUUCAAUUUAAUCAAAAAUAACCUAGACACAUUUUUAGCCAUUUUACUUCAUGUUCAUUUCUAUUCGAUGCAUUGUUUUGUAAAACCGUGUUUCUUUGUUCUUCAGCUUCGAAAAUUCAAAGUGAAUGAAAUCAAAGAAGAAACGGAGCAUCAUUGGUAUUUGUGCUUCCAGAAACGAAAAAAAAAAACGAAUAUUUUUACCAUCCAUUGAUGCCAAUGCAGAAGAAAAAUAACGAUUUUACAAUUGAUUUUUCUGUUUUCAGCACUUUUUUUUCCAACUUUUCAAGGUUGGAUAUUUUCAUAUUGCGCUGUGCUCUCUCAGUCAGUGUUACUAUAACAUUCGUCUAUAUUAUUAAUGGUCAUUAAUUUAAUGGAAAUUUUAUUUUUUGUUCAAAUUCUCUUUCCAUUUUAAUUUUCAUCUGCAUCAAUAUUUCACGAUACAACAUUUUACGAGAGUUUUUGCGUUUUUAGUUGAUGAUUAGCCCCAUUUCCCAUGAGUCCCUUUCCUUUUACCCCGAGCUUCAUUUUACUAUCACAACGAAUGACGAAAGCACAAUAACGAAGCUCAAUCGAAUUUGUAAGAAAAAUAAUUAGAAACCAAAAUGUAGUCUCAACAUAGUUUUUAAUUUUUUUUCGGGGGAGAAAAUAAAGAAGACACAAAACUUUAAACAAAUUUUGUUCUCUGAGACAUUAACAACUGUAUCAUCAAUAGCAUUUAAGACUUUGAACACUUAAGAUCAUAAACUAUAAAAUGAACAGAGAUAAAAAAAAAAUAAUAAAAACAAUCAAUUACUUUCAAUAAACAAAUAAAACUAAAUUGAAGACCUUUUAGAAGAUAAAAACUCAGUAAAAGAAGAAGAUGACGAUGAAGAUAAAUUACACAGGACAAUGGGAAUGAUAUCAUAUUCUAUUUAAAUCCAGGUCAAACUCACAGAGGAAACGAACAAUAUUGUACGAUGAUAUACUGAUGUCAAAUCAGAGAGUUGUUAAAAUAAAAAUAUGCGUGUUAAAUAUUGACAUUUUGUUGAAUUUGUGAUCUUGUUAUGAAUUUUUCUGAUUUUAGCAACGAAAUCACUAUAAUUGUGUCGUGCGACUUGGAUCGGAUGAACAUGGUAAUAUAAUCAUAAAAUGUGUGUGUGAGACAUGGGCACACAUCUCACGUAAGGGCCAGAUAAAAUUUCAUUUAUUUUCGACAAUCUAUUUUUAUCAUUGAAGCUUUUGUGAGCAAAUGAUUGGGACUUGCUCAAUUACGCGAGAAUUUCAGCCCAGAUAUCAUCACACUAGAUUAAAAUGCGAUGAUUCUGAAUCAUUAGUUGUAAGUUGCAACAAACGGUCAGAAACAAACUGACGACCGGCCAAAAAGUGGCAAACGAUCAAAAAAAAUAGCAAACACUCAAAAAGUGAUGGACAUGUGGGUCAAUUUGAUUAAUUUUUACUAAAACACAAUCCAUGUUUUGACACGAAGUCAAUUCAAUUGCAGAAAAAACUGUUUGAUUUCUGUUUCAUCCAACUAUGGAAGGCACAACGUUGUUGCAAUUACUGUUGAUGUUGCUAUUAACUAUUUAAAAAAAACAUACGGUGAAGCACGCCGAUUAAUUGUGUAUUCAUUCCAUUCAAUAACAAAGUAAUAAUCACAUCAUACCAAAAAUCGAUUAUCGUUGCCAUAAAGCCUUUAUGAUAAAGGCGGGUGUUUUUUUCGUUGUUGCCGAUGGAUUUGAUGAAUAUUGCUUUCGCUUAUCGAUAAAUACUUUGAAGUUGUUUGUUUUGAAGCUUUUUAUUAGCACAAGACCAAUGGCCUGUUCGAUGAAAGGAAAAAUGUACACGGCUGUCUGUCUUCGCAAUAUGAACAUAAAUUAUGUGGGAUCAAAUGGUAAACAAUCCUCAGCAAACAGUUAACGGAAUUAAUGUAACUUAAUAGCAGCGCCAUUAUAGGGCAAUGAAUUUCUUGUGCCUAUUUAUCAUCAUGCGGUCCCCUUCGAAAAAAGUGAAAGAGAAAUUUUUUCGCAGUCUUCUUGCUAUUUAAUGAAUGUCCGUGCUGUUUUGCGAUAAGACGGGAUUGCUUCCGCAGCUCGGGAAAAGCCUAUGUUUACUGAAGGAAAAAUUGGCUACACAAAAAAGUGUACGCUUUUUCAGUAAGAAAAAACAUUUACAGACAUAGCAUACACUUUGUUCACCCAAACCAUUUUGUCAACUCAGUAUACGCUGAACUUUGAUACACGUAUCAAAUUACAAAUUUCAAAUUGGUUUGAAAAAAAAAUUCGCAUGUAAAUCCUUAAAGCACUGAAUUGAAAAUUGAAAUUAACGUCAUUCGACGGUAAACAAA